GUGGUUCCUUGUCUGUCAUAUGUGAAGAAGCGAAAGGAGAGCAGAGACACCGACCGGUCAGAUAAGCCGAAUAAAAAUAACACAUUUGCACUUCAGUAACUGUCUGAAAGGUUACAGUUAUGAACUUUAUCUGUAUCUGAUAUCAUAGAGGUUCCUUAAUGCGGGAUUAAACGUCAGUUUAGUGUCAUUGUUUGUUAUCACGUCGUUAUCUGACUGCAGCCCUCCUUUGUGGAUAUGAGUGCGGAUUUACUCUCUGAUCUGGACACUCGUUUCUUCGCUGAUAACCUCCUGACGAGCGAAGACUGGGGUGAGUUUUGAUUUAACGUCUUUUUAUAGAGAAUAAACGUGUAUUUUUGACGAUGCAGAGCCCACAGAGAGGGUGAGAUAACGGCCGGUGUGGAUGCCCCUCAGCCUCCCUCCCCGCAGGCGGAGCAGGGGCGUAAAGUCAAUAAAACGGCGAUUUUUCUUCCUCUUUCAACCAUAAUUACAGGAAUAUUCUGGAUUAUUUUGAUGUAAAAAAGGCUAAAUUGUGUGCAACAUAGUGGUAACACGCGGUUCCAGCGUGUAAGUGUGAGCUUCCUCAGUCAGCAGACCCGGAUAUGUCAGUUUAUCUGUAACACACAGUGGGUGGAAGCGUGACCGCAAACACUAAUAAACCACACUCUAAAGCCUUUCUUUAUCUUCACUUUACUACAACUACAAUUCAUUCUUUACACCCAUUGUGUUUAUUUAGACUCUCUCUCUCUCUUUCGACAUUAUUUGACUUGUAACAGGUGGAGAGAUGGUGUUUAGAGUAGGGAUGUAACGAUAAGAACAUUUAACAUUAUUGUGACCCAAAGUAUUACGGUUAUCAAUAUUAUCACGGUAUUUUUGAAAUAUGUUCAAAAUGUUUAAAAAGUACUUAAACACGCCCUGAAAUCACUUAACAAGGUUUAAUUUUAAAAAACAAUCAAAAUAACAUGCCUCAACCUUAGAUAACAGAGGAACGAUAAACCUAAAAAAUUAAAGAUGAGGCCUUAAAAGAGUCAGAGGUCAUCGACACUAGUAAUAACAAAGUACAAAGUGAUGUGUCAGUGGCAUAAACAUGAACAUAAUAAAUAAAUAACAUUUAAAUAAAAUGACAUUCAUUAUUGUGCAAAUUAUAAGAAUCUUUAGUGUUCAAAAAGAUCGACUCUUACAAAUAUAAAACUGAGCAACACGACAGUAUGAAACAAAACAACCACAUGUAAACAAAUGUGUAGUUCAGGUGUUUAAAAUAACAUCAAAUAUGUAAAUAAAUCAGAUGAACCGAUUGUCUGUUUUCUCCACCAUAAGGUGCUGCUGCCGACUUUGUUCACUACUUCAGAUUGAAAUAUAAAAAUGUCAGCAGAUUUACUUGAUCUGGUUUGUGAUCUGUGAGGGGAAACGAUGUUCCCGCUGGUGCUGAAUAUCCUCUCGGAUGGCACACUGGUCGUUGGGAUGCACAAAAGCUUCCUGACAACCCUUUGUAGAAGCCGAAAAACGCCCAGACUUCAGACUUUGUUUUCUUUGACAGCUGAAAAUCUCUGCAACACGGUCGGCAGAACUGCCGUCCGCCAUGGUCAUCCCUCGUUAAGAGGCUGAGGCAAUAGUUACACUAUAUACAGUGGAUUUAGGGCUGGGAGAUACGGGAAAAAGUUUAAUCACGAUAUAUUUUCAUAUCAGUCGAUAUCAAUAUAUCACUAUAUAAUCUUAAAUGUUCCCUGUUACUCCUAAAUGAAAUUGAACAUGUUCUCGACAUAAUUUACAGUACACAUUACUCUGCUUCAGGUCCGACCUCAAAUAAGAUGAUUUUUUGAUUGUAGAGCUGUUGGAUUGUGCUGCAUUAGGUCGCCCAGGUGUCCAUAAUGCUGUGUCUGGUUGGUUUAGGUCUGUGUCUGUAUGCAAAUUACACGGCACACAAGGCUGAGCGAGUAUUUGAAUUUCUAUUUCUGUCAGAGUUUUGGUUUCCCAUCAUGAUGGGGACAAAAUAAAGCAGAUAAAAUGGUAGGGAGAUACAAUUAAACAGUGAGUUUUACCAAAUAAAGAGUUAGAAGAUGGGCUGAACAAAACAUAAAAUAAUGAAAGAGGGAAUAAAAACGGUUCAGACAACGUCUUCAUAAGAAAAACAAUCAUGUAAACACAUCAUAAAUGGAAAAUAGCUGCACUUUUAGAGACGACACUUUGGUUUGAGAAGGUUUCUUUCAUACAGACCGAAUAUUUCUGCCUCUGUAACAUCGUCCCUCAGCAAUGCAGUGUGUUAGUGUGUCUGAGUGUGUGUGGCGUGUCUGAGUGUGUGUUAGUGUGUCUGAGUGUGUGUGGCGUGUCUGAGUGUGUGUAAGUGUGUCUGAGUGUGUGUGUGUGUAUGGCGCUUCCAUUGUGUGCCUUCCUCUUAUGACACUGUAUCACAAUGCAGAAUAAACUCUAGCAGCCUGAUAUUACGCUGCUGCUGCGGCGGCGGGUUCAGUAUCAAAGAACAAAGACAUGCUGGCGGGCAGACCGGACCGGGUCGGGUCGGGCCGUCUGUGUUCUGGUCCACACACUCACACACACAUACAGUAUGAAAAUCGUCACUGUUGACUCAGUUUGUUUAGUUUAUUCUUCUUAAACGUCCCAUCGCUGAGGUUGAACUCGGGAUACCCAAACACAGUUUAUCUGUUUAACCUGUUUGGAUUUCAGUGACAUCCUCAAACUCACUUUUACAGUUCUUGUUUGUUUAAAUCCUGUCAAACUCUCUUUUGGCUGAAUUCCUCCUCCUGUGUAAAAUCAGGUUUGGGCAAAUUUGAGCCCACGUUCUGUAAGGGUAUGAAAGUGCUCUGCUGCUCAGAGGUGAACUGAAUCAUACAGGUCGGUGAUGGUUCUUUAAAAAAAAGCAAAUCCCACCUUAUUAUUUUCACCUUACUUCAUCUCAGGAGUUCAUGUCGAACAUUUUACUCUUCAAUAUUUAAUCUUAGCGAUGCACAGCUGGGUUUCCUACAUGAUACCAAGAACCACAGUAAAGGCUGACUUAAUUAUGUUAUUAAGCUUCUUAUUAACUCCUAAAUAUUUGUACUUCAAUAUGUUACAUCUCUCAAGAGCAGAACAUAGAAAGUCUUCUCAAUCAUCCUGUCCUCUCCUGUAGUUUUCUCUCCAGCGAAGACAGAUGUUUGAUUUUCUCAGUUGAUUUAAUUCUUCUAAUAAAUAAAUAUACAAAGUUAAAGUUUUUACAAACCAGGAGAAUAAAAAAAUAAAAAUAAAUAAUAAAUAAAUCGAGCUGUGGGAAUGUUGUGCUUUCUUACUUUUGUUGAAAACAUGUUUGACUUUAAAAACAUGUAUAUUUUUUUGCAUUAGAUGAGUAAAUAUUUCAAACAUAAACCAACAUCAAGUUUUAUUAUCAAUUUAAGAAAAAAAUACCAAAAAAUUUUAUGACAUAAAUCAGACAGUUAACUGCUUUUCCUCGUCUUAAUGACAGUAAACUCCCUUUAAUUCAGAUUAUAAUAUUAAAACAAUAGGAAAUAAUAGGCCCUGAAUUAUUAUGAUUGUUGGACAAUAAUCACAGUAAUUCUUCAACCGUUAAACGGCCCUCACACUCGUGUGUCAGUCCACAUCGUCCAAUAGUCGAGGUUAUAACGCUCUCAGAUCCACAGUGUCGUCCGUCCGUCUGUCCGUCCGUCUGUCUGUCUGUCUGUCUGUCGCGUUCCUCUGUACCUGUUUAUCUGUAUUACAGGUGAUGAACUCUGUCAGAGCAGAUCUGAUCAAACUGAUUCCUGGACAGAAAACUGGGUCAGAGCAGAGGCGAGGAGUCGUAAAGUCAAAGGGCGAGGAGCGUUCAAGACUUUUAUGACCUCAUCAGCAGCGAGGGCGGUCCGAGAAACGCCUGAACGAGUUCAAACAGAGACUUGAAACGAACAGACAUUAAAUCAUUAACUGAAGGGAGUGAAUUCAUGUCUUUGAAACUGUCCGCUCCUAAUACAAAUGUAAAUAAAGUUAUUAUUGUUAUUGUUAAUAACAGCAGAUCACUGACUGAAGUUAUCUUCAGAGGAUUUCUGAUGUCUCUGUUUUUAAGACAAAAACCAACAAACAUCAAGUUUGACUCUAAACUACAUCUUUUCUUCUUCUCUCUUUCUGUCCUCUCCUCACCUCCUCCUCUCUUUUCUUCUCAUCCUCUCUCCUCUCUCUCCUCCCUUUCCUCUCCCUCCUCCUUCUUUGAUUUCGCUGCUUUGACCUCGUGUCUAUAAAACACCUUCCAGUCCCAUCCUCGGUGUGUAACGGGAUCUAACCUCAAUAAAUGACCUCGCUCCAAAGUCCAGGGUUGUUUUUUUUUCACCUAUGGAUCAACAAACCAGGCAAAGCAUGAUGGGAGAUACAAUGGCGUCCAGUCUGUCCUUUCCCUUUAAAGCCGUUUUAACCCUCAGAUGGCUGAAAGUGUCAGAAACGAGGCUGACUUGAACAUGUUCACGGUUGUUGUGACUCGAUGAUGGUCCUCGUCUCUAACCCGAGGUGUGUCUUCUGUCCUCUUGUCUCCUCAGAUGCCUGCCUGUACCAGUGUGAGAGCAUGGAGGAGGGCGAGGACGGGGAGCUGGGCCGAGGGCUGAAAUACGAACCAGCGGUACGGAGACAAAGGAGAGAGAGAGACAGAGCUCUGUGUUUCAGAUCUGAGAGUGAAACUGACUCUGUCUGUCUCACAGUGAAGUUUGUUUACAGCUCAGAUACUCAUUCAAACUCUGGAGAACUUCUUUAGUCUUUAGUGUCCACUUCAUGUUGGACAGUUUGAAUCUCAGAGAGCGUCUCAUCUGCGUUCAGGUGCUAAAGUUGUCUCAUGUCACAUCUGCGUCUCUCAGAAGGGACUCAGGACGUUACAAAGGAACAAAUUUACCAAAAUAGAAGUUCUGAUUAACUGAAGGGUUUAAAACUUCCAGAAAUGAAUCCAGAUAUUUUUAACGCGGGUACAGGACUCUAGAUUCUGCAGGCUGGUUUUCUGAGAGCUCAUCGAUCUCUCUGCAGAUGAACGCCCUCUCACUCACCUGCGCUGGUUCUGCAUUCAUCGCUCUAGUUUGGUGGUUAUAAACCAGUUUAACCAGACAGAGUCUAUAGACGGCUCUUUCUUCAUGUUGGAGAUCAAGAUAAAUCAGCAUGCUCCGAGUCAGACCUAGUUUACAAUCAUUAAAAUCAGAUCCAUUCGUUCUGGUAAUGCUGGACGAACAAGGAUGAUGGUGUUUAGUAGACUGAGUAUCUGAAACCAAAGAUUGAGACCAUGGACUCACUCAUAUUUAUUGAAAUGAAGGCAGAAAAUCUUUUUUUUAACAGGCAAACAGGAUCGUUGUGCAUCUUUAAAAAUUCUCCCGUGGAUGAAAAAAUGAGAGCAGUCGUAUUAAAGAUGUCUCCACUUCUCUAGAGGAGACAUAAAACAGAAGCUCACAUGAAAAUUCUUAAAGGAACUCCAUAAUUUAGACUUUUCUAACAGCAGGCUCCUCACACUGAAUAGAGGCUGUUUUAUCGUAAACAUUCUACGAACUGCUCCUUUAAAUCAACAAUCAGUCUCUAAACGCUCAGUGAGUAACGCUGAUGGGUCAGAGGAUAAUCAGGCUAAUCGUCACACACACACACACACACACUAACUCACGGCCUCAUUUUCCACCUGACUCCUUUUUUUUUUCCCUCUUGCAGUUCGACAACGACCUCGUGCUCACCCUCGAUCCUGACAACCCCACGUCGCCAUGGCAACACCUUGACGACAACCUUCUCUCAGGUACAGAGCAGCCGACCGGGAGCACUUUACCCCUGGCGGGAUCUAAAAGCGCCUCGGGUCAGCGUUUUGUUGUCACGGCUGAAAAGUCCCUGACACCUGAGAGGUUUUUGGUCGGUCUGAGAGCAGGCGGGUUUUCUUUAGACCGGAAGUUUUGGACUGGCUCCCGGUGAUUCAGCUGCUGUUUUCAGACCCACUGUAAAGUCCGAUUCUGGGUCAAAUGUUAGUUUUGGUCUCUGACGGGUCAACGCUUCAGUCGUGGUCAGAGCUGCUCAGAUCUUUGUUUGGAUGUAAAAUCUGUGUCAGAUUUCCAAAGUCCUACAGAGCAGAAACAAAACAAACUCAGAGACACGUGUUUAUUUUAACCUCCGAUGAUGACUUCUGUCCAACUUCAAACUGCUUUUACUGUUUUUUUUCUCAAAGUUAUCAGACACAAGAGAUUUGUUUAAAUAACGACAUUUGUAUUUGGUGAAUCUUCUGGAGACGGUGUAAGACUAAAGUCAGACUCAGGUGCAGCUCAGUGGAAACCAAACGAACGUUGUCUAACUCUGUUAUCUCCUCUGAUGAAUAUUCUUGUUGAUUUCUCUCUCUCUGUUUAUUUUCCCUUCAGCUGAAACUCCGGUGAUUAAAAAUGAAAUGACGAUUGCUCAGCCGUUACCUGUGGAGAUGUGUAAGUUUCCUCCUGAAGUCAUCUGUGGAUUUAAAAACCUUUCUCUGUGAUACUCUGAAGUCUUUUAUUGACUGACGUCUGUCUUUGGUUCUCCUGUUUUUCUGCCCAGUGUUUCAGGUGAAGUCGGAGCCUCUCUCUCCUGCGUCCUCUCUCGGGUCUGACUGCUCGGCGUCCUCACCCGACCCACAGGUGAGUGUUCGGCUCUUUCUCUCUGAUUCAGUCUUUUCAUUUAAGAGGUCAGAGAUGUGCUGUGGUUCUGAUCCAUUUAAAGAUUUAAAAACAAACAAUAAAAUUUUAAAAUGAAUUCUGAAAUAAACGGGAAAUCAAUGGAGGGACGCCAGAAUUGGGGUGACGUGAUCAUGUUUUCGUUUACCUGUUCAAAGACAAGCAGCAGCAUUUUGGAGCAGCAAGAAGCAUGAAUGACUCGCUCAAAAUCAUGAAAUCAUGACAAGCAGCAGCAUUUUGGAGCAGCAAGAAGCAUGAAUGACUCGCUCAAAAUCAUGAAAAGAUAAAACCGAUUUGAUCUCAUCAAGAGUCCAAAACUUUCAAAAACACAAACAGGACAAAACCGUGUCCUAACGUCUCCCAUCCUCCCCUCCAGAUCACGGUGAAAGGAGAAAACCCUCCCACCCCUCCCUACAUGUACGGAGACGUGCUCUCUCCUCCUCUGGGGUCCAUGGAGGUUACCGUAGCAACGACAGCCGUACCCUCGCAACAGACGGCACUGACGACACAGAUCCCAGCGGUGAUCAACGGGAUUCAGACACAGGCUGCAGGUGGGUUCAGGGGACGAGGACAGGAACUGCAGGAGGGUUCUGAUGAGGUUCUGGUUUUUCUUUAGCCCCCCCCCGACUCCUGUGCUGACUCAGCGACACGAAUCAGGAGUGAGGGGCUUAGAGGAGCCUGUCAGCAGGUCACAGCUCCACCUCUGAGUCCCACCUCUGUAUCUGAGCUGAAUCUGCUGAAAUCGUCCCUGUUCUCUGACUCCGCCCCUCUGCGGGGGCUGACAUUAGCUCCGGUGUCCCCGGGUCUUUCUCCUCUAUGAGGGUCCACAAGUCGGAUAGAUGAGAAGAGAUCUGUAAUGACACGUUAGACCGAGGCCUGAGGGGGAGACUCUCCGUUUACACCCUGAUCUGUGCUCCGGUCUUUACAAAAGGACCCUGGAGGCGGACCAACACAAUACAGUUGUAAAAGGAGGAGGGGGUCUCACUGUACUGUAUGUUAACCCUGAGUCAUGUUUCAACGACUCUGAGUUUCAAUACUUUCAGUGUUUACAGACUCAAGUUUGUUUUAUCCCGGCCUGUGGACGUGUUGGUUUCUGCUGUGAUAAUCGUAAUAAUGUUAAAGGGAUAUUCCAACGUAAAAUUCCAACGUCGUUACUAAAGUUGGUAUAACUAGAGAAGUAAGUGGUCGGCAACAUUCAUCUCUCUCGGGGUGUCUAACUCGGUGUUACGGUGUGUUUGAUCCUAAAUUAAUUUUACGCCGGAAUAUCCCUUUAAUGUUGUGUUUCCAUCAGCUUUAUUUCCCGACACAGAGAUUUUUUCUCCAUCAAACAGGAAAAGAAAAAAACCUGGUGUAAAUCCGGGUGUUUGAUGAGAUCAGUGUUUGUUUGUGUUUGAGUUUCAAAUCAGCGCAUCAUUGAAUCAACAAGAUCUGAACUUUAUCCUGAAGAUAACUGAGGUCAUGUGAGGGUUUUAAGGUUUCUGCAGGGACAGCACUCACAUGAGGACCCUGAAAACACUCGAGUCCUCCUGAAGACCUAGACUGACUCUGACGGGUUCACUAACCCACUCUGACCUGAUGUUUUCUCCAGUUUUACCCGGAUCCACGCUGAAGGCCAGCACCAUCCUGAGCGCCAAACCCCCCAUCCAGCCCAAACCGGUCUGUGUCACCACCCUCCCCGUCUCUCAGACCCCCACGCCCGCCAAGACCCUCAUACUGCAGGGCCUCCCCCCCAUGGACCAGACCAGACCUGGUAAGAGAGGUGUGUUUGUGUAACUUUGCAUGUGUGUGUCUGUGUGUGUGUGUGUGUGUGUGUGUGUGAGCGCGGGUGUGUGUUUGGGUUUUGAAUUUUUUUUUCAUAUGUAAAUCUGUUCUGUUUGUUGUCGGCGUCAUGUGAUCAGCAUGGGAAACUUGAUGCUCUUUUGUGAUUGGAUGGUGGGAAAGGGAAACGUCACACGUGAUCCUCCGUAUCAGGGGGUUUGAUAUAAAGUUUAACUCAUAUUUUUAUGAGUAUCAAUCAGAUUUGUAGACAUUUAUCACUUCAAAUUAUUGAUUACUUCCACCGUAGUUUAAUCUGCUUAUUAAUCCAACAAAUCUAAAGAAAUGAUAAAGUCUAAAAACGAAUGUGUGAAAGGCUGCCAGUAAAAUAAAGAAAUGACUCCAAAUUUGGACCCUGGGCUGUCAGCUUCCUCUCUGUGGUUAUUGUUGGUGAAAACUCAGGUUUAGUUCAGGGUUAGUUCAGGUUCAGUUCAGGUUUAUUUCAGGGUUAGUUCAGGUUUAUUUCAGGGUUAGUUCAGGGUUUAGUUCAGGAUCAGUUCAGGGUUAGUUCAGGGUUUAUUUCAGGGUUAGUUCAGGGUUUAUUUUAGGGUUAGUUCAGGGUUUAUCUUAGGGUUAGUUCAGGGUUUAUUUUAGGGUUAGUUCAGGGUUUAUCUUAGGGUUAGUUCAGGGUUUAUUUCAGGGUUAGUUCAGGGUUUAGUUCAGGAUCAGUUCAGGGUUAGUUCAGGGUUUAUUUUAGGGUUAGUUCAGGGUUUAUUUCAGGUUUAGUUCAGGGUUUAGUUCAGGUUUAGUUCAGGGUUUAUUUCAGGUUAAGUUCAGUUCAGGGUCUGACACCAGCUCCACUCGACCUCAGAGUUUCUUUAUUGAACCCGUGACUCCUGCUCCGUCAGUGAUGGUGUCUCUGGUCUCUGUCUGUCUCCGUCAGUCGUCCUGUCUCAGUCCGUCUGCCUCGGUUCGGCUCCGGCCAUCGUCAAAAUGGAGCCCGUCUCUCCCAGCAUCCCCCAGCACUGCUCCAGUCCCACAGCUCCGCCCACCAGCAAACCCAUCGUCCCGGCGACGACCACGAUUCCAGGCAACAGCUCAAACGACAUCGACGUGAGUAAACCGGAUUAAAAAAAGGAAAAUAUUAGAAGGAAAGGAGAACUUUUAAAAACAUUAACACCGCAGUGAUCCAUGAAUCAGAGCGGAAGAGUGAACAAAUCUGAAAGAAGGCGAGAAACGGCGAGCUCUGAAUCUGCAGGAACCUGCUCAGCUUCACCUGCUGCUGCUUAUGUAACGAUUUUUUCACCCUCAGGCUCCUGGAUUAGAUCACACACACCUUUAACUUCCUCCUCCUAACUUUCUUUUUUUCUCUCUUUCUCUCCAUUUCUACAUCUCCUCUCUGUCUACUCCUCCUCUUCCUCCUCCUCCUCCUCUUCCUCUUGCAGAUGAAGGUUCUGAAGCGGCAGCAGCGGAUGAUCAAGAACCGGGAGUCUGCGUGUCAGUCCAGGAAGAAGAAGAAGGAGUACCUGCAGAACCUGGAGGCUCAGCUGAGGGAGGCGCAGCAGGAGAACGAGCGUCUGCGCAGAGAGAACCAGGCGCUGAGGGAGAGGCUGGCGGGAAAGGAGGUGAGGGAGGAGGAGAGAGGAGGGGAGGAGGGGCUUGUUUAUCUUCUGAACCAUGGGGUUUGUAAAGACAGAGAGAGUUCCUCCUUCAUGGAGAGAGAAAUCAAUAAAACAGUCGAGGUUUCCGUCCCUCUGAGUCUUCUGAAGAUCUGUGAUUACGGCGGAUUUCCCAGCAGGCUUUGAGUGAAGUAACAAGGACAGGUUAGACGGCGAGGAAAACCUCUGAGGAACAAAAGCAGGUGAAGACGGUUAAACCUGCUGAACCUGCAGAUGGAAAUAUGCGACACAUUCAUACACAGAAGGAGUUUGUUUAUAUAACCAAAGAUGUGUCCGUGUGUUUGUAGAUGAAACUGAGCUGAACUCGACCUUGAAAGCACCUGAGCAGUAAUCCUGUAGAUCAGGUCCAACCCUCAGAGAGGUUUGUUUCCUCAGGUGGACCCUCCUCCUGCCGAGGUUCUCCUGUUUGUGGUCACCCAGUUCAACUGUCUCUCCUCUGUUUUUCCAGGGCAACGACUCGGCGAGCAACAAGAGAGCCGUGUGUGUCAUGGCCGUCCUGCUGUUCAUGACCUUCAGCUUCGGACCCGUCAGGUAUCCCGCACGCUUUCCAUCCCACGCUCACGUUUUACUGAGCGACCAGAACGAUCUUCAUCAUCUUUGUUUAACUUCAGCUGUUGUUCUGGAAACUCACAGAAAAGUCACGCCUACUUUUACGCCCUCCGUGAAGAGGCUGACAGCUUCUGUAAACAACAGAAAAAAUCAGUUUUUAAAAAAAUGAAAGGAGUUAAAGCUUCAGUGAGGAGUUUUUUCUUCUUAUAAAACAGACUAAAGUUUGUUCAGAUGUCUCUAAACAGACUAGACCAGAAAGAUAAUUUAUUUCUAGAUGUCACUCUGUCUCUUCUCAAACCAUAUCCAGAACCUUUGCUCUAACAUCCUAUGAGUUUGGGCUCCACCUAGUGUUCAAAGGUGGAGUUACAGCUGAAUAAAAAGUCGUCAUCCUCAGUCUCUAAUAUUUCUGAACCUCGCUGCAGCAUCACAGACAGGAAGCUGUCAGGACUUCAGGACGACGUGGUGUCGUAUACGGGGAGACGACUGCUGGAGAUUGAACAACAACAACAACAACAGCAGCAGGAGGCCGCGGCCCCGCCUCCGUCCAGCAGGGUGGAGGACAGGACGGAGACGGAGGAGGACGGAGGAGAAGAGUCUUCAGAGACCUUUCAGUUCAGGUGAGAGAGUCGGAGCAGGAGAGGGAAGAAACAGGAUCAGCUGAUCUGAGAGUCAGCAUCCUAACCUGUGUGUGUGUGUGUGUGUGUGUGUGUGUGUGUGUGUGUGUGUGUGUGUGUGUGUCUGCAGGAACCUGAGCGAUGUCUUCAGUGACAUGAAGGAUCUGGUUCUUCAGGACAUCGAUCGGUACUUCACCUCCUCAGACUGCAGACAGUUCAACCGCUCCGAGUCUCUGCGGUCAGUCUGACACCUCUGACCUCCUUCCUUCCUCGUAUUCCUCCUUCAUGUUUCCUUUCUUCCUCAUAUUCCUCCUUCUUUUCUCAUAUUCCUCCUCCAUGUUUCCUUCUUUUCUCAUAUUCCUCCUCCAUGUUUCCUUCCCUUCCUCUUUCCUCCUAGUCUCUGGUGUCUUUUCCUCUGUGUUUCUCUGUUCAUAGAAAUGAUCUCAGAUUUGUUUGAAAAUAUUGAAUCUGAUCUCAGUUUUGAAGUUUCCCUCUUCGUUAUAAAAUGACUUGAUUUGAUCUGAUCUUGUUCUGUUUUGGGGUUCUCAGGCUGGCCGACGAGCUGAGAGGUUGGGUUCAUCGACACCAGAUCGACAGGAAGAAAUCUGGAGGGAAACCAAAAGUCGCCAAGAAGGCGAAAAUCGCUCAGGUGCAGCAGACGUUUUCAUCCUCUUCUCCUGAACGCUGUUUUUUUGUCCUCCCUCUCUUUCUCUGCUCCUUUGACUGUUUGUCCCUGAGAGACGCUGACAUGACAGUUGUUUCACGUUUCUGUCCUUCUCCUGCAGAAAGCUCAGCUGAGGAAAACAAACUUCUCCAGAUAUCUGCCCAUCCAGACUCACCGCUCCAUAGAAAGGUCCGGAAAACUCUUCAUCACGAUCUGCAACAAAAUGAAGAAACAGAAAACUGAACUUUAGUUUAGUUUUUUUUAACUGUCCCUCGUCUCUGUCUGCAGUCAGCUGCAGGUGCUUCCUGGUCCUGAGGUCACCUACAGCGACUUCCUGGACGCCAUCGACCGCCGAGAGGACACCUUCUACGUGGUUUCCUUCAGACGAGUAAGAGUGACGACAAACUGAUCCGAGCUUUGAGUUUCUGUUUCCUCUUUUCAGCUCACGAUCGUCCAACAUUCACACUUUUCUGUAUUCACCUCUGUGUGCUGUUUGUUUUAUGCUGUUUAGAUUAAAAGUUUUAUCGAUUUAAAAACUCCAAACAAACCUCAUUUCACUGACCUCAGUAAAGUUCCUGAUGAAAACUGAAGUCUGUCUCUCUGUUCAGGAUCACCUGCUGCUUCCAGCCAUCAGCCACAAUAAAACCAGCAGACCCAAGAUGUCUCUGGUGAUGCCGGCCAUGUCUGUGAACGGUGAGUCAGUCAAGAUGAAACAAGUUUUAAUUUCAGAAGAUGAGACAGUCUGAGCUUCAAAUAUUAAAAAGUUUAAAACAGACUUUUCUUAAAAAGAUAAAACUCAGUUUUUCCAGUUGGACUGUCGUAACUUUUGUUUGUUUUUAAAAAGUAAUAAAUAUAACAGCGAAUAAUGUGGAUGUUUAAAGUCACCAGAUUUUUACAAAACUUGUUCUGGUGGAUGAAAUAGUUAAAUGUCGGACAAAACAGAAAAACAAGAUUUUUUUUCUUACUUUGGCUUUUUUUUCUCUCUCUUUUUUGUCCUCCUCUCCCUCUCCUUCCUCCUCCUGUUCCUCUCCCUCCUCCUCCUCUCUCUCCUCCUCCUCAGAGAGCCUGUAUAACUCCUCUCAGGGUUAUGAGAUGAUGAUGCAGGUCGACUGUGAGGUCAUGGACACCCGCAUCGUCCCCAUCAAGGCGUCCGCCGUCCCCCCGUCUCUCCGUGACCCGCCUACUCCGCCGCCUCCCUCUCACCACCACCACAACCACCAUCACCACGGCAACAACACAUCGCUACGGGGCCGCCACCAGCAUCACCACCCCUCCUCUUCAUCAUCCUCUUCAUCAACACCUCCUCCCAGGCAACCGUUACCUGCCCGACGACGGACAACAGAAUAUUUUAUCAGCCAAUCAGAAGGAGUCUGAUGAGGGAGGGAGGAAAAGAGGAUCGAAUCAGGAAUAUAUUGAUAUUUGUUAAAAGUUGAAAGUGUCCAAACCUGGAAUUUAUCUCCAUCGCCACUUUGACAGGUAACAAAAACACGACCGGUCUUCCUGGAAAAGCUCAAAACGAAAUCCUGCAGACAGAGCGGUUACUGAACUCCUCCUCCUCCUCCUCCUCCUCCUCUCUCUGUAUAAACGGUUAAAAAAGAAGUCCUAAUAUAAAAGAAUUUAUUUGUAAAAGUGAGAGUGGUAUGCAGACAUGGCGGCACACUGCACUUAGAAUCAGUGCUGCCUUUUAAUAUUUAAUGAUGAAAAUGUACAGUUUGAUAAAAAGCCGUCUGAGCUGAGAGACAGGAAGUCCAUUUGACCUCCCCCCCCCCCCAGUCAACUGACAGUACUCACCUCUGUGUGUCGUACCCAGUUUGACCAGCAGGAGGCGCUGCAGAGCUGCACAAAUACAGAGGUUAUAGAGUCAGCUCCAAACAUACUUUUCAUGUGUGAAAAUUAAAGCAGCUGAUGUUGAAAGAUCAGAUGUUUCUGUGCAGCUCCAGCAGAACAAACAUCUCCAGCCGCCUCUUAUCGUCUGAGUUUGAGUUUUCUGUAUAUUUGUGUUGUCCUCGUCAGACUUCAUGUUAGGAGUGAAAAAAAUAAAAAAAACAGCUGCCAGAACGUUGAUUUGUCAGCGCUGACGGACCCCACCUGAAGUUGGAUCUUCGUCUUUAGCUGAAUCAAACGUAAACAAAACCAUCAGUGACUGUUAACGUAAAAUUCGCCCAACAUGCCCGAUGAUAAAAAAAACUCUUCAACAGUCAGAACUAAAACAAACCAAACGGAAAUGAGAGAAACUAACACCCAUAACUGGAGAAUAAUAGAAAAUGUUAUCAUGGAAAAGUGAUUCUGUGAAAAAGUCCAUCAGAUUCAAACAUCAAAUUCAUUUUUUGUGCCUUUAAAAACAGAUUUUAUAAAUCUGUGAUUUUAUUCACAAACCUAAUAUUUCAUUAAAGGGCUCAUUUACUGAAUAAAAACAGCUCCAAAAACCUGCUCUGAGUAAAAUUUCAACACACAGAAGAAUUGAAGUGAACAAAGAAACCAAAAGACAAAGUCUCUUCAGAACCUUCCUGAUCAUUUUCUCAUUUUUAAGGUUUAAAAUAACAAAAUUAUCUCAAAAUUCGGAUAAAUACGGGCGAGUAACAGUCAAACAACUUUGGCAGGUAAUGGAAUCCUGCUGAAAGUUAAUUUAUGGAUUUUUGGAGGAUAAGAAGUCGAGUGGAUCCAACUUCAUGUGUCGUCGGUCAGAUUUGUCCGUGUUUAUGUUUUUGUAGAAAAUUCAUGUUCUGGUUUUGAACUGGGAUUAUUUAACACUUGUAAAUAUCAGUUUUCACUUUGUAGAUAUUUUUUUUGUCGCCUUUUCUCAUUUUUUUAUUUUGUCUUGUGAUAAAAGUUUGAAAAACAGUAAAAAGGUCGUGGUGGAUUAAAAACAGAAAAAUACUGCUGAUGUUUAUUAUUUUUUUAUACUGUUUUAAUUUGUGUUCAGUUCAGUGGACCAACCAGCUUCACUCAUGGUGUAAACUCUGGAUAUCCUAAACAUAUUUAUAGAGGCGUGAACAGAUUUUUUUAUUGUACAGAAUAAAUAAGAAGCUUUGUGUAACUUCGUCAAACAGUCGGUUUUCUCGGAACAUGAACUGCUGCCAAAAACACAAAAUAACAGCGCUCCUCUAACCUGAUGCUUUCCUUUACUUCGCAGCAGAUACUCGAUUUUCUCGUCUUUCUGAUCUUUUUCUUCUUCGGAUCUUCUGCUCUUUCCAACCAUCUAAUGAAUCUUAAAUCACUUUGCAAAGCAUCAUGGUAAAUGUAGGAUUUCUCUUCUGUAACCUGGGCUUGAAACUUAAAGAGCAAAGUUUAUUAUCUGAGUUCUGCACAAGCAGACUCCCAAUUUAAUGCGACAGAAUGCAAAAAUGAAGAAAGUGGGGGGACAAUCAAAUAGUUUAAUGUUAAUUUUUUACAUAUUUAAAAUUCAGUGGACACUUAUUUUUUACUUGGAUUUUUGUACUGAUGAGAAAAACACAUGUUCGGUGUCAGUCGGUGAAUUAAAAAGGGCUCUUUGGUAGAUUUUUGAGCGAAACCCGGCAGGUUCCCUCGACUGAAUUUGACCUGUAGACAUAAAACCGAUCUUUUUUCUUUGUGAAGCUCUCUCUGUCAUCUGCUGCUCUUCUCUGGUACAUUCUGUCUAUUUGUUCUUUUUAUACUGUAAAGCGUUUUGUUACUUUUUCUGAGAAGAAAUGUAAAGAAAGGAAAAGAAGUGAAGAGAGAGUUUUGUAGGGCGAGUGUGGGAAAUAACCGCGGUCUUACGCAACAUCAGUGUCUUACUGCCUUCAGAUUUAUUGAUGUCUGAAUCAGUUUCUGUGCAAAGUUCAGUUUUACAAUUAAUUUAUAAGUCAACUUCUUGAAUAAUUGUGUUUUUAUAAUUUUUUGGUCAUAAAACACUACGAUAUAUUAAAAAAAUGAAAAAAGACAUUAUUAAAUUAUUAAUUUUUUUAUCGUCCCUCAUAAGAAAGAAACCACCUUGGAGAAGAUAUGGCACAGUUUCUGCUCUGGUGUUGGUGCCAAAGACAGAAAAACACGACUUACUUUAACUAUUGAAUUUUUUUUUCAAUACAUUUGAUCGUGUCAGAAUUUGAGGGAAGAACACUGACCUGAUCUGAGUCGAUUCCUGCUUGUUAUUUUUUAAUUAUAGGACUUUUUUUAGGUUAUUUCCUACUCUUUCACCCGAGCGUGAAAGCACACAGCAAUCUGUGGUGACGAAAGGUAAAAGGAAUGAUGUAAAUAUGACUCAUACAGCAUAACCUGUGUUUUUUAUUUUUAUUUAAAUGGAGAAUAAAAUGAUAAAUCUGUAAAUAAAUCUUUUUAAUUCCAAUUUAAA